AUGCCACCCAAAGCUUCCAAGGUGGCCAAGACAACCGGCCCUCGAUCACAAUCAUCCAAGUUUACAGCUGCUGCAGGUUCACCGAGCAAAGCACGCAAGUCAACAGGAGGCAAGAAACCGGCUGGAAAGAGAACUUCAGAUGUUCAACCAGGUGACCCUACCCCUCAAGGUCGUCGCCGACGGUAUAAGCCCGGCACUGUCGCGCUCAAGGAAAUCCGACGCUACCAGCGCUCCUACGACCUGCUGAUCGCAAAGCUGCCCUUUGCCCGGCUGGUCCGCGAAGUCGCCCUCGACUUGCUUCCCGCCGAAGUUGGCUCGCAGCUGCGGUGGCAGUCACAUGCCAUCCAAGCGCUACAAGAAGCCGCUGAAGCCUUUAUGGUUCACCUGUUCGAAGACACUAACCUGUGCGCCAUCCAUGCGAAGCGCGUUACUAUCAUGCAGAAGGAUAUCCAGCUCGCGCGCAGGAUCCGCGGGGUGUGGGGUGGCCUUGGCUGA